AUGUCCCUCAACAGGAUCCUCAACGACUCUCACAUUCCACCAACACCUGUCAGCCAAACACCCGCCGGUUCCGCCGCUCCACCUUUGCAAUUGACUCCUAGUCAUUUCACCGCGGCUCCUACAGAUCCUACUGAGUGUUUUGGGCGUUUAGGCCAAAAGGCUAAAGGCCAUCAACAUCGCCGGAAUGCUGGAUGUCCCAAUAAUUCCUGCUUUGAGUGCUGCAAGCAGCUGUACACGGAAUGUCAAGGUUGCUCCAUUCACACGGCCCAAAUGAAGAGCAAAAACAAACCUAAGAAGAAGAAGAAGAGCACGGCGGAAGCAGUAGAAGCAGGUCCGACCCAAGCUGGACGUGUUCCUAUUCGGCGUUUGUCUUCGCCUAACAUGCUUCAAGUACAAAGUCUUUGCAUACGAGAUCAGGUCGCCGAGCGUUCUAAACAGACAGAUAUGAAGUUGUCUGACAAGACGGUGACCAUUAUUGUAUGGCCUGGCCGCAACCCAAAUCAAAUAACUCGAACGUGGCGUGUUGUUGCCCCAAAUUGGCCUACGUUCUCACUGAACCAAUGUGAAGGCCUCAGAAAGUUUGUUGAGAGCGAGCUGCCUCCUCGUUCCGAUCUGUUGGUCUGGAACUAUGAAAUAAAAGGAUGGGUCGAAAGUCCAAUAAGCACAAUGGAGACCUAUCCCAAAAAUUGCCGCAAAGUCUUGGUGGUUUUUCCCGGUCUCGACCCCGAUCACUGUCCUGGAAUCCAAGACCACCUUCCAUCCUCUACUAACAAGAAGAUCGAAAAGUUCAACAUCCUACCAUAUCUCUCUACACCUACUCGAAACGAUUCUCAGUCUUCACGUCACGUGAUUCACCUGGACACAACAGAUGACGAAGGUACUCCGUGCGCAUCUUCAGUUACACAUGGAGGUAAUUUGUGUAACAAUAAUCAGUCCACACCCCAACCAAAGAGUUCAAAACGAGCUCGUGAAACCAGCCCGUGUGACGAUGAAGUCAGAACUCCACCAGCUACGCAAGAAUUGAGAGCUCCAGCUACGGGCCGAGUCCUCAAAACGCCAAAACAUAUUGUAUGGCCAUCAGGCGUGACAAUGGGCAAAUUGGUGGAAUUCUACGAAGCAGCCACCAUUCCCCUCAAGAUCCCUGACAAGGAAGCUUUCACGCGAAUUUUCAGCGACACAUACAAAUUUAAUGCUUCCACCGUCUCAACGUACCGCCGUUGGCUUGAGAAAAUCGAUAUUACGGUCUUACAAGAUUAUGUACGUGAACGCGGUCAGAGUUCAAUUCAAGAGGGUAAAAGGCAUUUUGAUAAGGCUUGGAGGGCAAGCAAGGGGCAAGAAGAGGCAGCACCCAAGAAGCGAGUGCGAAUACACCCGAGUGGAACUACAAAAUAUGGGAACACUACACUAGCCAAACUAUCAAAGAUGACGAAUGAUUUGACCUUCGAUCUGGGACUGACACCAUUAAAUCUUGACGAAGUUCCUUCCACCGAUGCCUCUCUACCGGAUUCGGUUUCACCUAGCGAUGUGGUAGUUAUCAAAUCAUCAGUAGCAUCCAUCACCAAUAACAAACAUGAAGUCCCUUUCGAUAUGCUACGCAGUGACCUUAUGGCUAAAAGCGCCGCUAUCCUCUAUCGCUUUUCGCCAAUCCCUUAUGAUAACAGCAACUUGACCUAUGAUCCAGUUGCCCUCAACACCGACAAUAAAUACAAGAAAUCUAUUGCUUUAUACAGUUGUAGUCCCUUAAUUCAUCAAGUUGCUCGUGACUCUAGUGAUUGGAGUGUCAAGGCUGUGGAUAUCGAAAGUACCAAAAUUCAUAAUGAGAUGGUAGCAAAAUAUCAUCAUCAUUGGCUUACCUCAGGUAGUCUUGCUCGUGAACAUGCACUCGAGCGUGGCCACUCAAACCUAUAUGUCUGUCAUAUGUUGCAUCAUUUUCAAACUACUCUGCAAGAUUACUGGCUUCAAAAAGUCAACAAACCUGGAUACGGCCUUCAAAUCAAACAGGAUCGUGCGUUGCAUGCACAAAGCCUAGGACUUCAGGUCCCAAUGGCCUGCUUGCUUCAGACUAUUGGCCAAAACAACAGUUGUGAAUGGCUUAUAUGUGAGGAAGCCAAUCAUCCCAAAAACCACGAAUACGUGAAUGAAUACAAAUUCACUCAAGAUCAGUCGGAGGAAGACCCUUGGGAGAACCUCAUCCACGCGUUUAUCCACCAUACCUACCAACACAGUGGAAAGCAAUCUUUGAUUACUCAGCUCAAUUGUGACAUAGGCGGCCAGAUGACUAAUGUGGUUUGUUUUGCUCGAGGCUAUAAUAUGUCCGUCAGGUAUUCCCACACCUCCUUACCAGGAGUCGACACGGACGAACAGUUUACGAGAGGCUCUGGUAGUAGCUGGGAGUAG